ACCCGAACCUGUGUGUGAAAAAAUACCCAAGUUCCUCCUGACCUCCUAUCCUGCUCGUCGAGUCGUCGUCAGUGGUCGCUCGAAUUCGCCCUCCGGCGCGAUCGCGAUGACCACGAUCCUCCGCCAUCUCCUCCGCGUGGCUCUACCUCCCGCCCCCGCUUCCCUCUCCAGUCACCUCCCCUUCUCCACCAGAUCUCGCCGCACCCCUCACCGCUUCCGCCGCAGUCCCAAACCGGCGCCGCCCUCCCCCGACGCCGUGUCCGCAGCUAUCGCAUCCCUCCCGUCCCGCCUCACCCCGCCCGUGCUCGCCUCCUUCCUAGCCUCCACCUCCGACGCCCGCCUCCUCCUCCCGCUGCUCACCCACUCCCUCCGCAUCCCCGCAUUCCGUCCCGACCCCGCCCCCUUCCUCGUCGCCAUCAAGCGCCUCGCCACCUCCGACCUCUACGAGGACUUCGACCGCACCUGCGCGCUAUCCUUCUCUCUCCUUCCCUCGCUCUCUUCUCCUGGCCCCCUCCUCCGCAACGCGCUUUACUUCUACUGCCAGUUCGGCAGGCUCGGCAAGGCCUUCCACGUCUACACCCUCAUGCGCGCUUCCGCCGACCCCGCAGCGCGCCCUUCCUCCGACACCUACCACGCGCUCUUCACCGCGCUGCUGUCGCGCGGAGGCGGCGACACCUUGGUCCAUUACAUGUACAUGGACAACGUGUCGGCGCUGUUCAGGCAGAUGCUCGAGGAGGGGAUCCCGCCGGACACGCGCACGCUCAACGUGCUCAUCAGGGGCUACGCGCAGUCGCUGCAUCUCAACGACGCUCUGCGCCUGUUCCAUCAGAUGCGGCCCCUGUACGGGUGCGAGCCGGAUGCGUUCACGUACAGCUACCUCGUGCACGGGCUGAGCGCGCAGGGUCGCACCAGGAACGCGCGGGAGCUGUUCGGUGAAAUGCGCGGGAGCGGUCUCCUGCCGACGGAGCCAGCGUGCAAUGCGUUCGUAGGUGCGCUGGCUAUGGCUGGGGAGGCUGCGGACGCAGAGCGGGUGAUGUGGGAGAUGGCCAGGGCCGGGAGGGUGGUGGAUGACAUCACAAGGAGAGCAUUGGUGGAUGAGUUGUCCAGGGCCGGGAAGCGGGAGGAUGCUGACAGACUAGCGAGGGAGAUGGAGCAGAAGGGCAUCGUGAGUGCUCGCGAGCUACGAGCACUGCUGAGUUCAAUCCGCGACGAUGGUGAUGACAAUUUGGAUGUGUAUGGUAGUGGGAGGAAUACAUGGUGACACUUCUAUUUCUCGGGAGACCAGCGGCCCUCGGCAGCCUUGUAACUUGUCCACGUCACCCUUAUGGGAUAUGGAUUGCGUGGUAUUGAAUCCGUUUAAAUUUAUAGUAAGUCAAUAUUCAUCUCAAUCAAUUUCAAUACACACUAAUCUAUAUGAAAAGGAAUAACCGAACAAGGUCUAGUAGAUUUUUUUAUAUUUAGCAUCUAUAUUGUUUGAUUCAAUCCUUGAUUGUUGUAUCUACAGCUUUUUUUCCCCAAACACGCUUAUCUCCACCUUCAUCAUGCUUGACAUCAACGGGGAAACCUUAUAAUGUUCCAUAAGUCAUUUUCACUGUUGACAUUAAAAUCAUUGACAUUUCUUUAUGUUGCUUUAGUUUAGUGUGUGUCUGUGAGUGGGUUUUGGGUGUGUGUUUUGUGCGUGAGCGUGUGUCUGGUCUGUGUUUUGUCUUGUGUUAGACUCUCGCGUGUUUGAGAAAAAAAAAUCAUUGACAUUGUUUUUUCAGACUCCUAUGUUUGUUUCAUCUUCUCUGACCCAAAUCCAAGACGCUUAUAUGUUGCUUCUGCACAGAGGAAGGGCACUGUCUAUUCAGCAUUUCACAACACUGCUCGCUCUAACCACAUAUCCUUGUUUCUGUUUCUUACGAAAUAGAUGCUCCUGUAGGAAGUGAGCGGUGCCUACCAGCGGCUGAGCAGCACAACGGGGAGAUCUAGAGUCCAACCAUGGAUAUCUUCAGUAUUGUGUCCACUAGACUACCAUCCUGCCAGCAUGGCCAUGCUUCCAAGUUCCAAGGUGUUUGAUCAAUGCCUGUAAAUUAGAUUUGUAUCCGCCAGUCAUGCCCGCGUGAGGCUGGCCGGAUGGAUACGGUUGUUUCUGACAUGUGAAUGGAUGCAGCCAAAUGGUCUCCAAAUAGCUUGUUUUGCAUCUGUUCAUGUAGAUUAUGUCCCUCGUGUGCAGUCAACCAAACAAGUGCUUAAACAUGGUCAACCCAUGUGAUGAUGCAGAACAAGACGGUACAGGUAACCAAUCACAUGGUAUGAGAUUAAAAUCUGAUGAUUCUAGUUUGGAUUCAUGAUUCCAAUCGCAUGACAGAUGCACAUGAAUCUGUAGCUCUGAAAUUACUUCAGACACCUGCAUUCGUUAUCUGAUGUAGUUUAUUAUUGUCUAAUAGGAUCACAGCACUGACCUCCAAAACUGUAUUUGCAUGUUAUUGCAGGAUAUUUGGCCUAUGAAUUAUGAUGCAUUUGAAUGUUACUUCUCUCUUCAGAUUAAAUAGAUGAGAUGUGAUUGUUUCUGGGGUCAGUGUAUGGAAAGAAGAGCAGAAAAUAAUUGUAAACACUAUCAGGAGGUUUGUGUUGACCACGAAGAAAUUUUGAUAUGGAAAAUGUAAAGGAGAACCAAAGUAUUAUAGCUCGAAAUUUCAUUCUGUACUUUUUUUUGUUCAAAACUGAACGUGAAAGUUCUUUGUGGUAAGGCCACCUAUGCAGAGUUA